CUUCAGAAAUGUAUUUCACUUCUUAAAGGGGCAAAGACAGACACGGAGCGUUUUGCAGCAUUGCUGCUGGUCACUCAGGUGGUUAGUUCGAACGCAGUUGAUGUCACUGGGCGAAGGGAACUUUUCGACGCGAUCGGUUUCAAGUUUUUGAACAGAUUGUUGAGUACCAGAAGUGUACCCAACGGCUGUCCUUCAGACGUGUAUCAAUCGCUCUCACUGACUAUUCUGGCUUGCUUUGCAACGGAUGAAGAGCUCUGCUCUCACGGCGAGAUGAUAAACAAAAUUCCCAUGUUCCUGGCCACGAUCAAAGCGGCGGAACGAGGUGACUCUGCUAUCGUGGACAAUUGUUAUCAAAUUAUGGCUUCUCUUGCUAGUUCCUCGACUGGAAUGAGACAUUUAGUUCAAAUGGGAGCAAUUUCUACGCUCUGUGAAAUCCUUGAAGAAAAAUAUUCAAAGAAAGCUACUGAAAUCUUGCUUCGAAUCCUGAACAAUGAACCACGUGUACUUUGGCGGCAACAGAGCAAAGACCUUCUUGGCGCACUGAGUGCAUUGAGUAAGCUGUUCCAGGAAACUCAAAAGAGCAGUAAAUUUGAACUUUGUAGCUAUUUGGUACUUUUUUUAUCAGGUGCUGAAAAGUCUACGUUUGAAGGGUUAGAAGAUCAUUCGUGGCUGACCGACAUUUAUAAGGCUUUGAACGAUAUUCUGCACUCAAGAAUUUCAUCGUCACAGAGGGAUCCCUCUCUGAUUCUAUUGUCGGUAAUUAUCGAUCUGGUCGGAAUGGACUGGAUGGUUACAUUUUCAGAACAAGAUUCUCAAGGACUAUUUGUUUUAAGCCUUACGAUUGUCAGUGUCGAGAUAAGAAUGAUUUUGGACGGUAACACAUCAGAGGAAGUCGAACCUAAAGCCAUUGUCCUUGGUAGCUGCUACAACAUUCUUGAAAAAGCAAUCAACUUCGCUAUUGUUCAAACACACAAUCAAGUUCAUUUUCCGUCUAUUAUUAGCAAUGGCCUCUCAAGGGUAUAUUCCUUGUCAACCGAGGCCAUUCACUCUAUUGUUUUGUAUUUAGACCAAGUAGCACAAAGAGAGACCAAAGGUCGCCGAACUGGACAAAACCGAGUGGUGGUAGCGUCGGUCCGCGUUCUUUGUUCAUGGAUGUCCGAAGAAACUUUGGCUUUACAAGAAGAUGUCGGAAGGUUACUUCCAUUUCUGUUGAAGCUUGGGAAGGAGUCAAUUGCAACAGAAAUAGUGACGGAGGAUCCAAUUUCCCCAGAACUGAGGCUAGCUCUUUGUUUGUAUCGACUGGGCCGCGGAGAUUAUUUCUAUACUAUCGCAGAGAUGGCAGGUUUAGGAGUAUCAACGGUAUGUUCCAUCGUUAAUGAAGUCUGCCAGCUCCUUGUUGACCAUCUUUGGAGUGAGUGCGUGUCUAGUCAUAUGCCCAAGACUCAGGAUGACUUUAAGAAAAAAAUGUUGGAUAUGGACGAGUUUUGGCAAUUUCCUUGCUGUUGGGCAGCAAUAGACGGCUGUCACAUUCCCAUUAAAUGCCCUCCUGGUGGACUUGAGGCAUGCAAGGAAUAUCAUAACUUUAAGAACUUUUAUUCCAUAAUACUAAUGGGCCUGGUAGAUUCCCAUUACAGAUUUGUUUGGGGCAGCUGUGGGUUCCCCGGGAACUCCCAUGAUGCUGUAAUUUUUCGUUCCACCGACCUCUGGAACUCAAUACAAGAAGGUUUUAUUCCAACAAUUGGUAAAGAUGUGGGUGAAAUUACUGUCCCACCCCUCAUUGUUGGAGACUCUGCAUUCCCCCUUCGUUCUUGGUUAAUGAAGCCAUUUACCAAUGCUGUAUUGACACCUCAGCAGCGUUACUUCAACUAUCGCUUGAGUAGAGCACGCAUGGUCACAGAAGCUGCAUACGGCCAACUUAAGGGUAGGUGGAGAGUCCUACUCCGGAAAAGUGAAACCAGCCGAGAUCAAGUCCGCAUAACCACCCUAGCAUGUAUUGUACUUCAUAAUAUUUGUAUUAUGCAGGGAGAUGCCAUCUCAAGAAAGCUUGAUCUAUCUGUGGAUGAAAGUGGUGGAAAGAGGGACAGGGAGGAGUUGAGAAAGUUGCUGCAGAUGAGCGACUGCCCAAGCCUAAAGGAUGCUUCUUAUGAGGCAGCUAGAGUCAGAGAUGCACUUUGUGCAAAAUUAUGGCUUGAGAAGCAAACAGGGAAAUUGGCUUUACAAGAAGAUGUCGGAAGGUUACUUCCAUUUCUGUUGAAGCUUGGGAAGGAGUCAAUUGCAACAGAAUUUAAGCUGUUGAUUCGAGAUGACAGGAAGGAUGCUAUUUCAAGCUCAACAGAGAGAAGUGCUAGUUCACCAGAUCUGGGGAAUUUGAUGCGGCAUCAUUCAGAAAAUGAAUGUGACAUUGUGCGUUUCAUGCUACCACCCUUGUGUCACCUCUCUGCCAAUGAUAAAAUGCGCAAGAUCCUCAUUGAAAAGGAAGGUCUUGAACUGCUAUCUAAGUACUUUUUUCAUCAUUGGAACAUUUGGCAUAAACAAACAGAAAACAUCACUGUUGAUGAUGAGUCUGAGAUGUGUCUCGUCACCAUGCUUGGUAUUUUCUUGAACAUCCUUGUGACAGAACCAGAACUUGCAACAAAAGUUGAAGCUCUCAAGGAGAUUGGCAAACACGCUCUGGUGUCUUCUUUGCAGUUUCUCUCCGGAGAUGUAAAUGUCACUAUUUCAGUGAAUCUUGUGGUCCUUGGUCUUCUGUUUGUGAAGUGCCACAAAGAUGGAGGAAAAAUAGCACUGUUUGAUCAUAAAGAGGUAUCAGAUUUCCUUAAAAACUCCAUUCAAAUCUUGAAGGAGGCAAGACACCCUACUACUGGCAAAACACAGGGAGACCAAGGUGAUAAAAAGACUGAGUUUGCCACCCAGUGUAGAGGUUUCUGGGAUGACAUUUCAGAACUUUGGACUCUAGGUGUACAAGUGCUUUUAUCCUUGGCAAGUUCCAUGUCUGUCGUGAAAGAGCUUCUCCAGGAUAGUGGAUGGUGUGAAGAAGUAGUCAAUAUUGUGAAUUAAACUAACAAACAAGAGGAAAAUCCUGGGAAAAAACUGAGACCAAGGGUAAGUGAUGUAUUUUUUCUAGUUUGAGGAGGCAUGUUAUAUUACCAAGUUAGACAAAUCGUUGUUAAAAAAAUAACAGCUCCAUUGUUCUUUACUGUGUAUUAUAUAAGACGGAAGUUAUUUUGUAGUGUAAUUGACUGUGCUCUACGUAAACUCUUUCUUGCAGCUUUGUCUGCAUUGAAAGAGCAGCAGUGGGUCUUCAUAUACUACAGUACAAAUUGUGGUACUGUACUAAGAUUCCACAAUCAGUAGACAAUUGUUUGUGGUAAAGCUCCAAGGUUUUCUUGCUUUAAAAUGAUUUUAAUGAAAAUGGUCUUAUAGAAAUGUUGUGGAGUAGCUCUUUGUAGCCUUUUCAAAAUGUAUGUUAAUGGUUUUAGCAAUAAUUUAUUGUAAUUUUUUAUUGCCACCUGGUCUUAGUUGUCAUAAGAUUAAAACCUACAAAUAGGACAAAACAAAAAUAAUUUUAACUGAUCUAAAAAGGUGAACCACAGUGCUCUGCAGGCUGGUCUAAACUCUGUCUUAGUAGUAUGCUAU